AUGUAUAUUGGACUGUUAUCAGAUGAAGUUGAUAAUAAUUUUGACUUGAAAAAUGAUUCUAAAUUUGGAGGUGAUCCUGUAUGGUUAUGUGGAACAAAUUCGACAGUUUUUAAUUUAAAAUGUUCCACAUGUAAGAAAAAUUUGACAUUUUUAUUCCAAUUAUCAACCCCCUAUGACACAUACAUAAGAGUAUUGUAUAUUUUUUGUUGCAUGAAUAGUGCUAAAUGCAAUAUGAAUAAGAAUAGUUGGGUAUGUAUUAAAGGGAAAAAAAAAAUGUCUGAAAAUUUAGAAAAUAUUGAAAUAGUUGAAUCUCCCAUAAACAAUUCUAAUAUAUCGGAAUUAAACAAUCAAAAAAAUACGGGAAAAAAUGAUAUGAAUAUAUAUCCUAUGACUUAUAAUAAUAAUAGUAAUGAAAAUAUGGACUCCAAACCAACUAAUUCACUUAAUGAAAGUAUUAAAAGGGAAGAUUCAAGUAUACAUAUUAUUAAUUCUCAACCUGAAAAAUUAAUAGACUGGAAUACUUUAUUUUCAAAAAAUACAAAAAGCCAAAAUACAAAUGGAUUGUCACUUAGUAAUUGUAUAAAUGAAAGUUUAAAUUAUGCAAACGAAAAAAUAAAAAAUGAUAAUAAUAUAUCUUAUAGUAAUAAAAAUGCAUCCAAAAACUAUAAUAAUAAAUGCAAGUCAAUAAACAAAAAUCAUCAGAUGAAUAAUAAACAAAACGAAUUAAAUCAAAUAAAUAAACAAACUGAAACGAAUAAUAUAACUUUAAAUGAUGUUGAUAUGGAUAAUAUUAAAUUACCAUGUUAUUAUAUUUCUUUAAUUGAAGAUGAUGAAGAGUGUGGAAACGAUUAUUUAUAUGAAAAAGCUACUAAAAUGUAUCAAUCUUAUGAAAAAAAUAUGAACACAAUUAAUGAACACGAAGAGUUGAAUGACAAUGGUAAUAUGGAUAAUGGAAGUGAUAAAGACAAUGUAGAACUUUUUGAAAAUGAUUUUAAUGGAUAUGUUAAAUUUUAUUCAUACCUAAGUAAAAAUUAUAAUCAAAUAUUAAGAUAUUCAUACAAAGGGAAGUUUUUAUAUAUAUACAAACAUACAAAGAAACAGUUAAAGGGGAAAAACAUGAUUUGUUCACAUUGUAAAAAUAAAUUAGUAUUUGAGUUACAACUAUUUUCUACUUUUGUAUAUCAAAUAGAAAAAAUAUUAGAAAAAACAUCGAAUAAUGUGUUAAAAAAAUUAUUAAACAAUUUUAAUGUAGGAAAUGUCAUUAUAUUUACUUGUGAAAAGGAUUGUGUUGUAAUUGACAAUACCUAUUCAUAUGAACAUAUUGAAUUUGAAAUUUUCUAG